CCUCUUUCUUCCCUCAGGCAUCGUGAUCCGACCGUCUCGUCAUGGGAUGUAGUUCCUCCAGCAACAAACAAGAGGAUGAAUGCGGUCACCAGGUGGACUACUUUCUCUCCCCGGACGAGAUCCGGAUUGUCCGAGAGUCCUGGGCAGUUGUGGCUCUUGACCUGCCGGCCACGGGACUACACAUCUUCACCAGACUGUUCGAGAUGGAGAAAGACUUGAAGAAGCUGUUUCGUCGCCUGAUGUCGCAGACAGAGAGCGGAGAGUUCAUCUUCGACACGAUACGCCUGGAGCACCACGCCACGCUGGUCAUGAAGAACCUGGGCCAGGCAGUGGACAAUCUGGACGACUCAGAGGUCUUCUCGGAGAUGCUCGUCCUGCUCGGAGAGAAACACUCCUCCUACAACGUCCGGCCGGCGAUGCUAGCGUUUCUGUGGCCGGCGAUCCGCGACGGCCUGAAGAUGCGACUAGGAGAUAAAUUCACCGUGGAAACGGAACUGGCCUGGAAACAUCUCUACGACUAUAUCUCCUGCAAGAUGUCCGACGGGAUGAGCGGGCGACACAAGAACUCGAAGAAGAUAUUGUUUAAAUAACGGCGCCUUAAUACUUACUAACCCUAGACGACUUGAUUGCCUUCUCACUGCACAAAAGUAUUACGCGAGUGUCAGCA